AUGUCGGAGUACCAUUUAUUAAGGAUGACAUUACGCACCGAGUUUUUCUCUUUAACAUUAACUUUCUAUCUAUGGCAUGCAUUAAUUACGCAAAAGCUUGAUAUUGAAAAGAAAUGUUUUGUAUACAUUUCUGGAAUGAUUUGGGGUUAUACAACUAUUUAUAAUGGAAUUUUAUUAAGAAAUAUUGGUAAAGAUGAUAUUUUAGUAAGUCACUCAACAUUGAUGUUAUGGAGAUAUUGGAUAAAUUUUUCCAAUUAUUCGAACAGAAGAAAUGCAAUUAAAUUAGGAGAAGCUGCGCGUUUAUGCGUUUGGUGUUAUAUAUCUGUAAUUUUGUUGCUCUUAUUAUUAAUUCCUCGAGCAAUAUAUCAUGAUCCAACGAAUGUAUUGAUUGUUGAAAUUUGUAAUUUUGGUUCAGCUUUAGUCGGAACACUUUUAUUUCUGGUAUUCGGGACCCAAAAAAAGGCGGCAGUCUUUCUUCCAUGUUGUUAUUAUGUUCCACCAGGAACUCCCCAAUUUCUUCCUGAUGAAACAACGGACGGAAAUAAUAAUAAUUCAAAUGAAUUAACUCAAAUGCCUAUUGCGCAUAUAAGACAAAAAUAACAAAAUUUUACCAAGUUAAUAUAUGUUUAUUUGUAAUAUAAAAAAACCCCCUUCCUUCUUUGUAUACAUGUGAUCGCUGAAUUUUCAUUAGUAACCUUGUAUUAUAUGAAGUA